UUUUACGUCAUGAUACAGCGCGUAAUAUUUUAUUCUUUAUUAUGUACUAGCUAUAUCCAGAGGCCGCCCAUAAUUGAUUUGGGAAAAUCAUUUACGUUGAUAACUAUAGGAGUCGGAAUAAUCAUAAAUGAUGCAUCAGACAUUACAAAUAUUACAACCUUAAACCAGUGCUCCAAAUACUGAAGACCUUUUUUCCACACAUCCACAUUCUCAAGACUGAAGUUCUAAGUUCACAAGACUGAAGUUCUAAGCCUGGUGAGAAACAAGACCCACUAUUCAGGGUAGAAAUGAAGUUUCUACUGGUAUUCGACUUUGACCACACUAUUAUCAAUGAUAACAGCGACACAUGGAUUAUCCAAUGUGCUCCUGAGAAGAAGCUUCCAAAUGGGCUGCAGAAUUCCUAUGAGAAAGGAAAAUGGACAGAAUAUAUGGGCAGAAUUUUUACCUAUUUGGGAGAACAAGGCAUUAAAGAGGAUGACAUGAAAAGGAUCAUGAUUGCAAUACCUUAUACACCAGGAAUGACAGAGUUGCUGCAAUUUAUUGCCCAAAAAAAAGAUUUCUUUGAUUGUAUUAUCAUCUCUGAUUCAAAUACUAUCUUCAUUGAUUGGAUCCUUACACAUGCAAAUGUUCAAAAUGUGUUUGAUAAGGUAUUCACAAAUCCUGCAGCUUUUGAUCAAGUUGGGAAUCUCACGGUGCAUAAUUUUCACAUUCACAAUUGCUCAAAGUGUCCUAAAAACCUGUGCAAAAAGAAAGUCUUAGAAGAAUUUGUGGCCAAGCAAUCACAAAAUGGAAUACAGUACACUAAAACAGUCUAUAUUGGGGAUGGAGGAAAUGACCUCUGUCCUAUAACAUUCCUUAAGAAAGGUGACAUUGCAAUGCCAAGGCAAGGUUAUGCUUUACAAAAGCGCAUUGCAAGAGAUAUAGCUUUGAUUGAUUCUUCUAUUAGUGUUUGGUCAACAGGUGCCGAAAUAUUAUCUCAGCUCAAAUUGCUCUUAGAGUAAAAACUGUGCUUAUGAGAUUAGUUUGUGCACAUCAAAUUUAUUUCAUUCUAAAAAUAUAAUUGGCAGUUUCAGAGUAUAUAUAUAAAAAAACCUUCCAAUUAUUUGUUCUGUAACAACAAAGGGAACAAUAUAUAUGUUUUCUUGUAAUCUGAAGUCUUCUGGAACUGCCAAUAUAUUUUUAGUUUACUAGACUCUAAAGUACUAUGAUUCAGUAACUUAUCAAGAUACUAAUAAUCUCAAUUAGUAAUAAAGCAUUGCACAAUACUUAAAAUUUAGUGUUGCCUACCUAAAGUGGUUAUCAAAGCGUACUAAAUAAAAACCAAUAAUGAUUUAUUUAAUAAAAUUAUCAAAAUAUAUUCUUGCAAUUGGCACUGCAGUGUUUAAGAUAUAUUAUUCUUGGGCAGAUGGAAAUAAUAAGCACUUUUUCUAACUUUAAUAUUUUAAUUGGAUAUGCUCAACUUGAAAUUGUUUCAGUAAGGAUAUUGGUUUGUUUGCCUUUCCUUCCUGGUUACAAUGGAUUAAUAUAUUUCCAAGCAUACAUUGCAUUGCCUGACAAAUCUUUCUGACAGAUAAUAUGAUUUUAGAAAAUAAAAUAAGAUUUUAGAAAAUGUGCUGAUCACCCUGCUCUAAAGAAGAAAUCAAGUGAGACAUGUUGCAGAUAAUAAUCGAUCACUAUGAAUAAUAACUUUAAACAGACCCCUCUUGCAUUUCUGUAAAAAUCGUGUUUUGUCCCACAAUCCCUAUAGAAGUGGAAAAAGUAAAAUCUGCAAACCGUGUUUAAAAAAUGCUGCACAUUUGCUAAACCAGCUAUUGGCUUGCAGCAUUUGCAGAUUACAAAAUUUAUGGCCUCUCUAGGAGUGUGGGAAAGCACAAUUUGUACACAAAAUGCACAGAUCAUAUGAUGGGAUUUACUCAGAAAUAAUACAGAAAAGUUUGCAUACAUUUUUGAGAGAGGUUUUACAACCUUGAUAUGCUGAGACAGGAAAGUCACAGUUAAACUUUAAUUAUUUAGAUACAGCAUGACAUUUUUAGAAACUUUACAAUUCACUUACAUUAUCCAAUUUUUCUUUGUUCUCUUGUAUUGUUUGUUGAUAACGCAUAACUAUAUACGCUCAGGAAUGUGCACAUGUCUUAAGCACUAUAUUACAUCAAUGUUUGCAAUUAUAUUUCAUAAAAUGUUAUAUAUUCUUUAAAGCACGGCUGCGAGAUACUGCUCAAAAAUGUGUACACACUUCAAAUUAUACUUAAGUAUGCUGUUCAACUUCAAUAGGAUACCAAGCAAGUUUAAGUAAAUUUGUUAGUAAAAAAAUAAACUGGAAAGUUGUUUAAAAGUACAUGCAAUAUCUAAAUCGUGAAAGUUUAAUUUGUAGUUUCUUGUCCCUUUAAUAUGUUACUAGAGGGCUACAAUAUAGUUGUCUAUUUGAAACAAUAGAUAUGAACUGUCUGCUCUUUCAUUUUAAAUUAAAUUGGAAUGUAAGGCCAGAAUGGCAGCCUCUA